UGAGGUUUGCAGACUGUGGCCUGGGCGACAGGGUGCUGUUGGAGGUGGGCGACGUGGAGGACUUCAGGCUGGAUGAGGAUGGCAUGGUGUAUGCCCGGCACGCCUUCCGUCUGGCGGACAGGAAGAGAGCCUUCCUGGUGGUGCGAGCGAGGGAUCUGGAGACCAAGGAGGAUUGGAAGACACAUAUUUACCUCCUCCUCCGCAAAGACGGAAUGCGAGAGACGACAGAACACAAACACAUCAAACAGGUAUGGGAUAUAAUAUCAAAACAUUUUCAUUUAACAGACGAUUUUAUCCAAAGCAACACACGUUUACACUACGCAUAUGUGGCCCAUGCGGGAAAUGAAAAGACAACCUAUGCAUUCCAUAAAAAGUCCUGGCCUUAGUUGUAUAGAAAAGACCCAAUGGAAACAUGAUGAUGAAGUAUAAUGUCAUCGGUGGGUAUAUACCUACUCUGUUAGUCUUUGAUGGCCAGUAAAGUGCUGAUAACCACAGAAAGAAGAAGAGGCUCGCUACAGUAUAGAGUGCAUCCCAAAUGGCACCCUAUUUCAUAUAUCGUGUGCUAUUUUUGCCCAGGACCCUGGUCAACCAUAGUGCCCUCAAAGCUCAUCACUAAGCUAAGGACCCUGGGACUAAACACCUCCCUCUGCAACUGGAUCCUGGACUUCCUGACGGGCCACCCCCAGGUGGUAAGGGUAGGUAACAACACAUCUGCCACGCUGAUUCUCAACAGCCGGGGCCCCUCAGGGGUGCGUACUCCCUGUUCCCAUGACUGCAUGGCCAGGCACGACUCCAACACCAUCAUUAAGUUUGCCGACGACACAACAGUGGUAGGCCUGAUCACAGACAACGAUAAGACAGCCUAUAUGGAGGUCAGAGACCUGGCCAUGUGGUGCCAGGAUAACAACCUCUCCUUCAACGUGAUCAAGACAAAGGAGAUGAUUGUGGACUACAGAAAAAAGAAGAGGACUGAACACGCCCUCAUUCUCAUGGACGGGGUUGUAGUGGAGCAGGUUGAGAGCUUCAAGUUCCUUGGUGUCCACAUCACCAACAAACCUUCAUGGUCCAAACACACCAAGACAGUCGUGAAGAGGGCACGACAAAGCCUAUUCCCCCUCAGGAGACUGAAAAGAUUUGGCAUGGGUCCUCAGAUCCUCAAAAAGCCAUCCAGGACCUCUAUACCAGGCGGUGUCAGAGGAAGGCCCUCAAAAUUGUCAAAGACUCCAGCCACCCUAGUCAUAGACUAUUUUCUAUGCUACCGCAUGGCAAGCGGUACCGGAGCGCCAAGUCUAGGUCCAAAAUGCUUCUUAACAGCUUCUACCCCCAAGCCAUAAGACUCCUGAACAGCUAAUCAAAUGGCUACCCGGACUAUUUGCAUUGUAUUUGAAUAGUAGUGCACUAUAUAGGGAACAGGGUAGCAUUUGGAAUGCAAACAGCAUCUGCACAGCAAAUUCUCCAGUGUUAAAAAACAAACAAAUGAACACUGAGUGUUAAAUCAACACUGAAAGUGUUGAGUCUGUGGACCCAUAUAGACAGUGGAACAGUGUUAAAUUAACACACUGCUUAGUGUAAAGCCUUAUUCUAAUUGAGUUAACACCCAUGACUCAAGUUGUUAGUGACAGAGACAUGGUUGUUCCAUUUUCUGCUUGCAAGGUGAUGUGUAAUUUUUAUUGGAAACCAGCCAGUGUGGGGAUGUCCAACUUUUGGAAUUUCUAAUCACCUGCAACCUUUAUUCAGAAUGACUGCCAGGGUUAGAAAGACUAAGCUAUAAGACUACCUAAAGCAUCUAAACUGGAACAAACCGUUUCAGUAACAGGUGCCAUAAUUCAAAGUAGCGUAUUGGAUUAGUUUAGAAAAUGUUUCUAAUUUAUAUUUGAAAAGCAUAAGAUUACAUGUACAAACAUAGAUAUUGAAACAAACAAUACAAAUCAACCUUCAAUAGAGCAUGCUGGGAAAUAUGAUAAUGAUGGGCGUGGUUUUUGUUCAAAGCGAUGCAUAUAAGUUUCAGGACCGCGUAUUAGGGUAAAACUAGGCCCUAACAUUUUCACUUAGGAUCUCACUUGGUGAAGGCCACAGGACUGAAAAUGGAUGAAUUCAACUACCAUGUCUCUGUCAGUAAUAAAUAGAGUCAUGGGUGGUAAUUCUAUAAUUGACUCUAAAGGCAAGGCACUCUGGGAAAUAUUUGAAUAUUGAUUUAACACGUUCAGUGUUAAUUUGUUUGUUCUUUAACACUGGACAAUUUGCUUUGUGGUGCUACUGCCUGCUGUGUGUGAAUUAGAGCAAUAAGGAGGUCCUCUCUAUAUGAGGAGACAUUAAUACAUGAACUCGCUUACAUCCCCCAGUAAACAUUUUCCCAGAAAUAGUGCAGUGCCAUAUGCUUAGUUUGUCCAUUAAAGUCUCUCAACCCUCUGUGGGAGCAGGGAAAACAGUGGGAGGAAAGAAAAAGCUGAUAAAAUACCACCAAAACCAAACUUGUGAAUAAAAGCUUUGAAAUUGAACAAGUGGUGUUAGGCAGCUAUUAGUCAGCUAGCUCUUUCAACAGACAGAUGGAUCAGAAUACUCAGAGAAAAGGGAGGGAGGAAGGAGAGGGAGGGUUUGGAGAGGCAAGCGGGAGAAAGAGUUAUGACGCAGCAGAAGGCUAUUGGAUGAGGGUAUAUAGGGGAAUGAUGGAGAGAAUGGAGAGAAAGAGAGAAAGAAUGAAAAUAUAGGGAUAGAGAUGAGGUGGAGGGAUACAGAGAGAGGAUGAGAUGGCUAAAGGGCUGUAUUCAGAUUCAGAUUAGAGUGUGGAGGAAACAAACUGCAUUCCUAGGCUGCAAAUAUAUUAGAGGACACACACACAGGUUACACACACAGCCAGCCAGCCAGCCAGUCUGAUCAUUGGUCAGGUCCUCAGUAAUGAUGUCAUUAAUCCAGCUCUGUGGAGCGAGGCCAUAAAUACACUGAGUCAUAGUGUUUGUCAUAGUGUUUGUGUGUGUGUGUGUGUGUGUGUGUGUGUGUUGGUGUGUGGGUCUGAGUAAUCUGCAUGUCUCUGCCUCUGUCUGUGUGUGUGUUGGGGGUUGCACAACCUGUGGAUAACCUUUGUUGUUGUCUCAUCUCUGCAGGUGAACUCCAGCUCUGCAGCUGUGACUCAGCAGGUGCGGGAGAUCGUGUUUCCCUGGCACAGCUUGGUCGUUGGGGACGAUGGAUCUCUGAGGCGGGUGAAGAGGGACUGGGUCAUCCCCCCCAUCAAUGUCCCUGAGAACUCACGAGGACAGUUCCCCGAGGAGCUAGUCAGGGUAGGGGAGACACAUACAAGGAGACACACAAACACAGAGACACACACACACACAUAGUGUACACACACAACACACACAGUUCAAAGGACACAUUUGACAAAUUUGCCAGUGGGGUUAAUCAAGGGAAGACAAACACACUGUCACAGGGUUUUAUAGAGUGUGUGUUUGUGUGUACAGUUUUUGUGUAUAUGUAUGUGUAUGUGUGCGGUUCCUGUGUGUAUAGAGCUCACUAUUUCCUCCUAACACCAUCUGCUGAUAUGUAUAAGGGUGAGGCAGGGGGUUAAUGGGAGUGUGAUGGUGAUUUAUACAUAUCUUAUUAAGGUUCAUGGUUCAUCUGCUGUUUCCUGUCUGUACUGUACAGCCUAUGUAUGGUGUUGAGGGGAGCUAAAGAUGUUUUAAAUAAUAUGUGGUUGUAACUGUAUCUAAACCUGGGAAUAUCUCUCUCCAUCUGUACCUCUCUCUCUCUCUCCCUCCUGCUAGAUCCGGUCAGACCGUGAUAAGAACAGUCUCUUACGGUACAGUGUGACUGGACCCGGUGCUGACCAGCCUCCGACCGGGAUCUUCAUCAUCAACCCCAUCUCUGGUCAGCUCUCUGUGACCAAACCCCUCGACCGGGAACACAUCUCCAACUUCCACGUUAGUGUUCAGCUCAUAGAAUUAGAAUGAGUAGAAUUGGCAUCCCUAUUCAUGUCAAUUACUCCAUAAUGGGUGGCUUGGUGGCCAACAUUCUUUAUUGGUCUAUGUGAAAUGUAGUAAAACGCCAUACAGAGUUGGACAGGAUACUUGGAUCUUGAGAACACACUCAAUGCAGACACACAAGCAACUCUGAUCUGCAACAGAGCAUUUGCAUGAAGGAUUGGACCAUCUCAUGAAUAUUCAUAGAGUGAUGUGGUUGUCAGAGUCACUGAAGCUCUGUCAUUAAUAUUAAUUAGGUGUGGCAGUACUGGAUACAGGGUAUAGGGAGCAGCACAGCCAGUAAUGCAGCUAUGACACAAGGUAUAGGAGUAGGUACUGUAACGGCUGUAUGUUAUGGCAGCUACUACUCCCUGCCUAGUGGUAGGCCUCUCUACCUCCCUGCCAUGGCUGUUUUGGAGACAGGAUACAGGGGGAGCGUACUCAGCUUUUAUCCCUGUAGUGCUCUGUUAGAGAGCAAUAGGGGAGAGGCCCUAGGAGAGAAACACUUAAGGAUGUUUAGAUCCACCCUUGAGAGGCCAAGUGUACACAAACCUCAGAGUCAAUAGUCCUGUUCCAAUCCCAAUAAUUUACACCCUUCCCCUCUCUCUGCCCUUGGUGGCUUGCCCUAUGAAGUGUAAGCAAUAUGCUGAAAACUAUACCAAUCCUAUCCAAGGUCUAUGAGGAGAUAUUACCAUAUUGCUUACACAUAUAGAAUCCUUUCUGAUCCAUGUGAGAGAGCAAACAAGAAAAGAGGGAAAGUCAUGAUGUGAUAGAAAGAGAACAGCCAUGGCCUGGUGAAUUCAGACUGAACGCUAUGCUAACAGUCUGGUUUAACCAGGUUAAGACAACCAUGCCCUAACCCUGUAUUUGUCUCUGGAACUGCGAGCCCAUACCAUUCCCAUAAAUGUGCCUAACCAUGAACCUGUAUUUGUGUGUCUGUAGUUGAGAGCCCAUGUCCUUACCAUGUGUUAAACCUGUACUACUGUAUGCAUCUCUGUAGCUGCGAGCCCAUGCUGUGGACCUGAAUGGGAACCAGAUAGAGAACCCCAUAGACAUCGUCAUCAACGUCAUAGACAUGAAUGACAACAGACCAGAGUUUACACACACCAUCUACAACGGAUCAGUACCAGAGGGAUCCAAACCAGGUAACAGUGCGCACGCACGCACACACAAACACGCGCACACAUGCACACAUUCCAUUGUGUGAGAGCUUUUAAUUGACUGUUUGGUUUACCUUCCCAGGGUCCUUUGUGAUGACAGUGACAUCACUGGACAAGGAUGACCCUAAAACAGCCAAUGGGAUGCUCCGAUACAAGAUUCUAUCUCAGAACCCCGAAAGCCCGUCCUCCAACAUGUUCACCAUCAACAACAAGACAGGAGGAAUCAUCACUGUGGCUGCAGGGCUCGACAGAGAGGUGUGUGUGCGUGUGUGUGCUGUCUAUCAAUGUGUAUCAAUUGUUUUUAUGAUUGUGUGUUCACAAUAUAGACUGUCUAUAUUAUACUCUUUAAUAUGGACCUGACCCCGGUUUCUUCCUUCUUCCAGAAAGUUCCUCAGUACACGUUGAUCAUCCAGGCUACUGACAUGGAGGGGAACCCUACCUAUGGUCUGUCUAACACAGCUACAGCUAUAAUCAGGAUCACUGACGUCAAUGAUAACCCCCCAGAGUUCACCGCUGACAAAGUAUGUCACAGACAGACAGAUUAGACAUACGCACACAUGAACGUGCACACACACACAGAUGCAUACAGACAUACAAUACACACACACAAACACGUACAAACAGACACACACACACUUUCUCUCUCACGUUGAAAAAACACCACCAAAUAUUUGUUUUACAAAUAAACCAAUACAAAUGUUUUAGCAAAAGAGACAAUCAUUCUCAUAUUAUUGAGCAUGAUUUUUCAUCUUUCACUCCCUUCCUCUCUCUCUCCCCCUGCCCCUUCUCUCUCACUUCCCCUCACUCUGUAGUUCUAUGGAGAGGUGCAGGAGAACCGUGUGAAUGUGAUCGUAGCUAAUCUGACAGUAACAGAUAAGGACCAGCCCCACACUGCAGCCUGGAGUACUGUGUACAGGAUCACAGCUGGAGACCCCACUGGACGCCUCUCCAUCCCCACUGACCUCACCACCAACGAGGGACUGGUCACUGUGGUUAAGGUAUGGAUUCACACAGCUCUGAUGAGUAAUAUUUCCAAUGUAUUUUUUAUGAAUAGAACAUUUACUUGAACUGAUGAACAUAUCACAUUCUGUAUGUGCAUAGCACAUACCUGUACAGUGCCUUGCAAAAGUAUUCAUCCCACUUGGCGUUUUUCCUAUUUUGUUGCAUUACAACCUGUAAUUUUUAAAUUGAUUUUUAUUUGGAUUUCAUGUAAGGGACAAUUUGGUGAAGAGAAAUGAAAAAAAUAACUUGUUUCAAGAAAUUCUAAAAAAUUAAUUACGGAAAAGUGGUGUGUGCAUAUGUAUUUACCCCCUUUUAUAUGAAACCCCUAAAUAAGAUCUGGUGCAACCAAUUACCUUCAGAAGUCACAUGAUUAGUUAAAUAAAGUCCACCUGUGUGCAAUCUAAGUGUCACAUGAUCUGUCACAUGAUCUCAGUAUAUAUACACCUGUUCUGAAAGGCCCCAGAGUCUGCAACACCACUAAGCAAGGGGCACCACCAAGUAAGCGGCACCAUGAAGACCAAGGAGCUCUCCAAACAGGUCAGGGACAAAGUUGUGGAGAAUUACAGAUCAGGGUUGGGUUAUAAGAAAAUAUCAGAAACUUUGAACAUCCCACAGAGCACCAUUAAAUCCAUUAUUAAAAAGAUGGAAAGAAUAUGGCAUCACAAUAAACCUGCCAAGAGAGGGCCGCCCACGAAACUCACGAACCAGGCAAGGAGGGCAUUAAUCAGAGAGGCAACAAAGAGACCAAAGAUAACCCUGAAGGAGCUGCAAAGCUCCACAGCAGAGAUUGGAGUAUCUGUCCAUAGGACCAUUUUAAGCCGUACACUCCACAGAGCUGGCCUUUACGGAAGAGUGGCUAGAAAAAAGCCAUUGCUUAAAGAAAUAAAUAAGCAAACACGUUUGGUGUUCGCCAAAAGGCAUGUGGGAGACUCCCCAAACAUAUGGAAGAAGGUACUCUGGUCAGAUGAGACUAAAAUUGACCUUUUUGGCCGUCAAGGUAAGCGCUAUGUCUGGCUCAAACCCAACACCUCUCAUCACCCCGAGAACACCAUCCCCAUAGUGAGGCAUGGUGGUGGCAGCAUAAUGCUGUGGGGAUGUUUUUCAUCGGCAGGGACUGGGAAACUGGUCAGAAUUGAAGGAAUGAUGGAUGGCGCUAAAUACAGGGAAAUUCUUGGGGAAACCUGUUUCAGUCUUCCAGAGAUUUGAUACUGCGAUGGAGGUUCACCUUCCGGCAGGACAAUGACCAUAAGCAUACUGCUAAAUCAACACUCAAGUGGUUUAAGGGGAAACAUUUAAAUGUCUUGGAAUGGCCAAGUCAAAGCUCAGAGAAUCUGUGGUAUGACUUAAAGAUUGCUGUACACCAGCAGAACCCAUCCAACUUGAAGGAGCUGGAGCAGUUUUGCCUUGAAGAAUGGGAAAAGAUCCCAGUGGCUAGAUGUGCCAAGCUUAUAGAGACAUAUCCCAAGAGACUUGCAGCUGUAAUUGCUGCAAAAGGUGUCUCUACAAAGUACAUAUUUUGGGGGGGUGAAUAGUUAUGCACGUUCAAGUUUUCUGUAUUUUUGUAUUAUUUCUUGUUUGUUUCACAAGAAAAAAUAUUUUGCAUCUUCAAAGUGGUAGGCAUGUUGUGUAAAUCAAAUGAUACAACCCCCCCAAAAAAUAUUAAAGGGGGGUGAAUACUUUCGCAAGCCACUGUGGGGAGAACAAGUAUUUGAUACACUGCCGAUUUUGCAGGUUUUCCUACUUACAAAGCAUGUAGAGGUCUGUCAUUUUUAUCAUAGGUACACUUCAACUGUGAGAGACGGAAUCUAAAACGAAAAUCCAGAAAAUCACAUUGUAUGAUUUUUAAGUAAUUAAUUUGCAUUUUAUUGCAUGACAUAAGUAUUUGAUCACCUACCAGCCAGUAAGAUUUCCGGCUCUCACAGACCUGUUAGUUUUUCUUUAAGAAGCCCUCCUGUUCUAUACUCAUUACCUGUAUUAACUGCACCUGUUUGAACUCGUUACCUGUAUAAAAGACACCUGUCCACACACUCAAUCAAACAGAUUCCAACCUCUCCACAAUGGCCAAGACCAGAGAACUGUGUAAGGACAUCAGGGAUAAAAUUGUAGAACUGCACAAGGCUGGGAUGGGCUACAGGACAAUAGGCAAGCAGCUUGGUGAGAAGGCAACAACUGUUGGCGCAGUUAUUAGAAAAUGGAAGAAGUUCAAGAUGACGGUCAAUCACCCUCGGUCUGGGGCUCCAUAAAAGAUCUCACCUCGUGGGGCAUCAAUGAUCAUGAGGAAGGUGAGGGAUCAGCCCAGAACUACACGGCAGGACCUGGUCAAUGACCUGAAGAGAGCUGGGACCACAGUCUCAAAGAAAACCAUUAGUAACACACUACGCCGUCAUGGAUUAAAAUCCUGCAGCGCACGCAAGGUCCCCCUGCUCAAGCCAGCGCAUGUCCAGGCCCGUCUGAAGUUUGCCAAUGACCAUCUGGAUGAUCCAGAGGAGGAAUGGGAGAAGGUCAUGUGGUCUGAUGAGACAUAAAUAUAGCUUUUUGGUCUAAACUCCACUCGCCGUGUUUGGAGGAAGAAGAAGGAUGAGUACAACCCAAGAACACCAUCCCAACCGUGAAGCAUGGAGGUGGAAACAUCAUUCUUUGGGGAUGCUUUUCUGCAAAGGGGACAGGACGACUGCACCGUAUUGAGGGGAGGAUGGAUGGGGCCAUGUAUCGCGAGAUCUUGGCCAACAACCUCCUUCCCUCAGUAAGAGCAUUGAAGAUGGGUCGUGGCUGGGUCUUCCAGCAUGACAACGACCCGAAACACACAGCCAGGGCAACUAAGGAGUGGCUCCGUAAGAAGCAUCUCAAGGUCCUGGAGUGGCCUAGCCAGUCUCCAGACCUGAACCCAAUAGAAAAUCUUUGGAGGGAGCUGAAAGUCCGUAUUGCCCAGCGACAGCCCCGAAACCUGAAGGAUCUGGAGACAGUCUGUAUGGAGGAGUGGGCCAAAAUCCCUGCUGCAGUGUGUGCAAACCUGGUCAAGACCUACAGGAAACGUAUGAGCUCUGUAAUUGCAAACAAAGGUUUCUGUACCAAAUAUAAAGUUCUGCUUUGAUGUAUCAAAUACUUAUGUCAUGCAAUAAAAUGCAAAUUAAUUACUUAAAAAUCAUACAAUGUGAUUUUCUGGAUUUUUGUUUUAGAUUCCGUCUCUCACAGUUGAAGUGUACCUAUGAUAAAAAUUACAGACCUCUACAUGCUUUGUAAGUAGGAAAACCUGCAAAAUCGGCAUUGUAUCAAAUACUUGUUCUCCCCACUGUACAUGCAGACACAGAGACAGAGAUACAGCACAGACAUAGAGUGCCUUCAUAAAUGAUUCAUACCAAUUGACUUAUUCCAAAAAAAAUUGUGUUACAGCCUGAAUUCAAAAUUGAUUACAUAUAUUUUUUUUCUUACCCAUCUACAUUUUUUCAAAUGUAUUGAAAAUUAAAUACAGAAAUAUCUCAUUUACAUAAGUAUUCACAUCCCUGAGUAAAUAUGUGUUAGAAUCACGUUUGGCAGCGAUUACAGCUGUGUGUAUUUCUGGGUAAGUCCCUAAGAGCUUUGCACACCUGGAUUGUACAAUGUUUGCACAUUCAUCUUUGAAAAAUUCUUCAAGCUCUGUCAAGUUUGUUGUUGAUCAUUGCUAGACAGCCAUUUUCAAGUCUUGCCAUAUAUUUUAAAGCUGAUAUAAGUCAAAACUGUAACUAGGCCACUCAGGAACAUUUAAUGUCAUCUUGGCUUUGUAUUGUAGGAUAUUGUCCUGCUGAAAGGUGAAUUUGUCUCCCAGUGUCUGUUGUCAAGCAGACUGAACCAGGUUUUCCUCUAGGAUUUUGCCUGCGCUUAGCGCUAUUCCAUUUAUUUUUAUCUUAAAAAACUCCCUAGUCCUUGCUGAUGACAAGCAUACCCAUAACAUCAUGCAGCCACCACCAUGCUUAAAAAUAUGAAGAGUGGUACUCAGUAAUGUGUUGCGUUAGAUUUACCCCAAACAUAAGGCUUUGUAUUCAGGACAUAAAGUUCCUUUCUUUGCCACAUUUUUUGGUGAAAUCAUGGUGAAAUCCCUUAGCGGUUUCCUUCCUCUCCGGCAACUGAGUUAGGAAGGAUGGCUGUAUCUUUGUAUUGACUGGGUUGAUUGAUACACCAUUCAAAGUCUAAUGAAUAACUUCACCAUGCUCAAAGGGAUAUUCAAUGUCUGCUUUUUUAUUUAAUUUUUACCAAUCUACCAUUAGGGGCCCUUCUUUGCGAGGCAUUGGAAAACCUCCCUGGUCUUUGUGGUUGAAUCUGUGUUUGAAAUCCAAUGCUCGACUGAGGGACCUUACAGAUAAUUGUAUGUGUGGGGUACAAAGAUGAGGUAGUUAUUCAAAAAUCAUGUUAAACACUAUUAUUGCACACUUUUGUGACUUGUUAAGUGCAUUUUUACUCCUGAACUUUAGACUUUCCAUAACAAAGGGGUUGAAUACUUGACUCAAGACAUUUCAGCUUUUCAUUUUUAAUUAAUUUGUAACAAUUUCUAAAAACAUAAUUGUCACUAAAUCUCAAUUUAAUCCAUUUUAAAUUCAGGCUGUAACAACAAAAUGUGGAAAAGGUAAAGGGGUGUGAAUACUUUCUGAAGGCACUGUACAUUACAGCUGUUUUCAAAGUGAAAGUUCUGGAAUGUAAGAUUUACAAAGAAUGUAUGUGGAUAUGGUAAACAAAUUGAAGUGUGUGUAUAAACUGUGUGGCUAACUGGUAUGUGUGUAUCUCUCCAGCCUAUAGACUAUGAGGUGAGUCGUUCCUUCGUGCUGACGGUACUGGCUGAGAACGAGGUUUCCCUGGCCCGUGGUAUCCACCUACCCCGUCAGUCCACCGCCACCGUGUCUGUACGAAUCACAGACGUCAACGAGAGCCCAGAGUUCUCCCCUAACCCCAAAGUCAUCAAACUAGAGGAGGGGCUACUGGCCGGCUCGCUACUCACCACCUUUACAGCACAGGACCCUGACAGAUACAUGCAACAGAACAUACGGUAUGGAGAUGAGAGAGAUAUGCAUGUUGGCUUAUAAUAUGUUUUAUGAUGUUUUUUUAUGUGUUGAAUGUGUGUGUUUCAAAUGCAUUAUAUAGAGUGUCACGUUACUUCCUUUUGUAAUUGACUCUUCGCUACGCCCCGCCCCAACAUUUUGGCCAACCAUUCGCAGCACUCCAGUGGAUAGCAACGAGUCUGACACCUCGAACAAGCUCACGUUUCAAACGCAUGUAAGCAAGUGAGGGCAAUGGCAAAAACAGAGAGCUAUUCUUUUAAAAAAGUACUGUUGAAAUGGCUAAAUAACUGAACAGUGCACCAGGGGAACUUGCUACUGUGAUUCCUGAAAUGCAGAGCCUGUUGAUGGAGUAUUUUUUAAAAUCCGAAAUUAUACUUUUGUUACAUUGUUUGCGAGCUCAGCUGGUUAGCAAGCUCUCAGUCUCAUUGACCACAUAACAUUGCUAGCUAGCCACUUAAAAGGUCCAAUGCAGCCGUUUUUAUUGUAAUAUCCAAUAAUUUCUGGGCAGCAAUUGAGUACCUUACUGUGAUUGUUUUCAAUUAAAAUGGUCAAAAAUAAAUAUAAAUGUAUUCUUAGCAAAGAGCAAUUUGUCAAGCAAAAAUGUUGUUAGGCCUGUCUGGGAGUGGUAUGAGUGGGGAGGGGAAAAUUGAAAAUUAGCUGGUUUUGGCAGAGAGGUUUGGAACUCUCUUUCUUAUUGGUCUAUUAACUAAUUUACCGCAUGGUGAUGUCGCCAUGGAAGGCCAAAACUCCUUAUUCAUUUCCUUGUAUAUUAAAGACACAGUUUGAAAUCAUUGUGAGGGGAUUUCGCCAGUGGUUUGAGUGGUGAAUUGGGCUUCCCGAGAAAAUGUUGUCUGAGGUUGCAACAGUAACCAAGGGGGGCGGGGCAUAGCAAAGGGUAAAUUGUGUUCUGUCAUCUCAUUGGUUGAUUUCCAGGUACACCAAGAUGUUCGACCCUGCUAACUGGCUGGAGAUAGACCCUGUAAACGGGCAGAUCUCCACCAUCGCUGUGCUGGACAGAGAGUCUCCCUAUGUGAAGAAUAACCUCUAUAACAUCACCUUCAUGGCCUCUGACAAUGGUGAGAGUGCGUCUGUUCUGUUUUUGGAACCUACAGUGUAUAGCUGUGUGGGGGGGAUGGGGUACUCUUGCAGAGAAGCUCUUAAAGCUAAAUCUCACUAUUCACAUUAAUUCAAUUCAAUUACAAUCCAUUUAGUUUUACUCACUUUCUUUUGUUGCCCCCCCCAAAAAAAAUCUACGAAAAUAUCAGAUGACAAUGGUAGUACUACUAUAGAAAAUCAUAUGUAUACACAUGAGCACACAAACUAGUGUUCACAUACACAUUCUCUAAAAACACUCUCCCUGUCACGCACACACACAAAGCUCCUCUUGUGUCUCAGCUGAAUUCUGACAGAGCUCUUCAUUGUGCUUCCGCCAAAAACACACACGCUCCUGCUCGCACGCACGCACACACAGAGACACACACACACACACACACACGCACACAGGCAGAUCAGCUGUGUGCCUCAAGCAGCCUCCCUAACAUACUGAUCUCCCUCUCCCUCAUUCCCUUACUCACCCUUCUGGUGUGUUUGAUCACACAUUUCUUUCAUCACAUCUCUUAUUUAGGAGGUUAGUUUCACUAAAGUCAUAUGUAGCUGUUGACGAAGUGUUAUUUUGAGAAAUGUGGGUGUUGCAAUAUGGUUUGGGGAGUGACAUAAUAUUAUGUAUGACAGCAUGAAUCCUGUUUGUGUUGAGUGCUGUAAUGUGCCUGUAAUGUGCUCCUUUCAACAUUUGCAGUGCCUUCAGAAAAUAUUCAGACUCCUUUACAUUUUCCACAUUUUGUGAUGUUAUUCAGACCCUUUACUCAGUACUUUGUUGAAGCACCUUUGGCAGCGAUUACAACCUCAAGUCUUUUUGUGUAUGACGCUACAAGCUUAGCACACCUGUAUUUGGGGAGUUUCUCCAUUAUUCUCUGCAGAUCCUCUCAAGCUCUGUCAGGUUAGAUGGGGAGCUUUGCUGCACAGCUAUGUUCAGGUCUCUCCAGAGAUGUUAGAUCGGGAUCAAGUCCGGGCUCUGGCUGGGCCACUCAAGAACAUUCAGAGACUUGUCCCAAAGCUACUCCUGCGUUGUCUUGGCUGUGUGCUUAGGGUCGUUGUCCUGUUGGAAAGUGAACCUUGCCCCAGUCUGAGGUCCUGAGCGCUCUGGAACAGGUUUUCAUCAAGGAUCUCUCUGUACUUUGCUCCGUUCUUCUUUGCCUCAAUCCUGACUAGUUUCCCAGUCCCUGCCACUGAAAAACAUCCCCACAGCAUGAUGCUGCCACCACCAUGUUUCACCGUAGGGAUGGUGCCAGGUUUCCUUCAGACGUGACGCUUGGCAUUCAGGCCAAAGCCUGAGUUCAAUUUUGGUUUCAUCAGACCAGAUAAUCUUGUUUCUCAUGGUCUGCGAGUCUUUAGGUGCCUUUUGGCAAACUCCAAUCGGGCUUUCAAGUUCCUUUUACUGAGGAGUGGCUUCCGUCUGGCCACUCUACCAUAAAGGCCUGAUUGGUGGAGUGCUGCAGAGAUGGUUGUCCUUCUGGAAGGUUCUCCCAUCUCUACAGAAGAACUCUGUGAGAGUGACCAUCAGGUUCUUGGUCACCUCCCUGACCAAGGCCCUCCUCCCCCGAUUGCUCAGUUUGGCUGGGCGGCCAGCUCUAUGAAGAGUCUUGGUGGUUCCAAACUUCUUCCAUUGAAUAAUGAUGGAGGCCACUGUGUUCUUGGGGACCUUCAAUGCUACAGAAAUGUUUUGGUACCAUUCCCCAGAUAUGUGCCUCGACACAAUCCUGUCUCUGAGCUCUACGGACAAUUCCUUCAACCUCAUGGCUUGGUUUUUGCUCUGACAUGCACUGUCAACUGUGGGACCUUAUAUAGACAGGUGUGCGCCCUUCCAAAUCAUGUCCAAUCAAUUGAAUUUACCACAUGUGGACUCCAAUCAAGUUGUAGAAACAUCACAAGGAUGAUCAAUGGAAACAGGAUGCAUCUGAGCUCAAUUUCGAGUCUCAUAGCAAAAGGGCUGAAUACUUUUAAAUAAGGUAUUUCCGGGGUUUUUUAUUUUAUAAAUUUGCAAACAUAAAAAAAAUAAACUGUUUUUGUUUGUAGAUUGCUGAGGAUUUGUAUUUAUUUAAUACAUUUUAGAAUAAGGCUGUAACAUAACAAAAUGUGGAAAAAGCCAAGGGGGUCUGAAUACUUUCCGAAGGCAUUGUGGUUCAGCACAGUAUCUACAGUUGAAGUCGGAAGUUUACAUACACCUUUGCCAAAUACAUUUAAACUCAGUUUUUCACAAUUCCAAAAAUGUUAUCCUAGUAAAAAUAUCCCCUGUUUUAGGUCAGUUGGGAUCACCACUUUAUUUUAAGAAUGUGAAAUGUCAGAAUAAUAGUGGAGAGUGAUUUAUUUAAUAUUUUAUUCUUUAAUCACAUUCCCAGUGGGUCAGAAGUUUACAUACACUCAAUUAGUAUUUGGUAGCAUGAUCUUUAAAUUGCUUAACUUGGGUCAAACGUUUCGGUUAGCUUCCCACAAUAAGUUGGGUGGAUUUUGGCCCAUUCCUCCUGGCAGAGCUGGUGUAACUGAGUCAGGUUUGUAGGCCUCCUUGCUCGCACACGCUUUUUCAGUUCUGCCCACACAUUUUCUAUAGGUUUGAGGUCAGGGCUUUGUGAUGGCCACUCCAAUACCUUGACUUUGUUGUCCUUAAGCCAUUUUGCCACAACUUUGGAAUUAUGCUUGGGGUCAUUGUCCUUUUGGAAGACCCAUUUGCGACCAAGCUUUAACUUCCUGACUGAUGUCUUGAGAUGUUGCUUCGAUAUAUCCACAUUAUUUUCCUUCCUCAUGAUGCCAUCUAUUUUGUGAAGUGCACCAGUCCCUCCUGCAACAAAGCACCCCCACAGCAUGAUGCUGCCACCCCCGUGCUUCACGGUUGGGAUGGUGUUCUUCGGCUUGCAAGCAUACCCCUUUUUCCUCCAAACAUAACGAUGGUCAUUAUGGCCAAACAGUUCUAUUUUUGUUUCAUCAGACCAGAGGACAUUUCUCCAAAAAGUACGAUCUUUGUCCCCAUGUGCAGUUGCAAACCGUAGUCUGGCUUUUUUAUGGCUGUUUUGGAGCAGUGGCUUCUUCCUUGCUGAGCGGCCUUUCAGGUUAUGUCGAUAUAUGACUCGUUUUACUGUGGAUAUAGAUAAUUUUGUACCUGUUUCCUCCAGCAUCUUCACAAGGUACUUUGCUGUUGUUCUGGGAUUGAUUUGCACAUUUCGAAACAAAGUACGUUCAUUUCUAGGAGACAGAACGCUUCUCCUUCCUGAGCGGUAUGACGCCUACGUGGUCCCAUGGUGUUUAUACUUGCGUAGUAUUGUUUGUACAGAUGAACGUGGUACCUUCAGGUGUUUGGAAAUUGCUCCCAAGUAUGAACCAGACUUGUGGAGGUCUACAAUUUUUUUUCUGAGGUCUUGGCUGAUUUCUUUUGAUUUUCCCAUGAUGUUAAGCAAAGAGGCACUGAGUUUGAAGGUAGGCCUUGAAAUACAUCCACAGGUAUACCUCCAAUUGACUCAAAUUAUGUCAAUUAGCCUAUCAGAACCUUCUAAAACCAUGACAUCAUUUUCUGGAAUUUUCCAAGCUGUUUAAAUGCACAGUCAACUUAGUGUAUGUAAACUUCUGAAACACUGGAAUUGUGAUACAGUGAAUUAUAAGUUUAAAUAAUCUGUCUGUAAACAAUUGUUGGAAAAAUUACUUGUGUCAUGCACAAAGUAGAUGUCCUAACCGACUUGCCAAAACUAUAGUUUGUUAACAAGACAUUUGUGGAGUGGUUGAAAAACAAGUUUUAAUGACUCCAACCUAAGGGUAUGUAAACUUCCGACUUCAACUGUAUGUUGCACCGAACAGGUUGUCUUUUUGUCAUUGUUGUAUUAUUCCUGCCUUUGUAAGGGCCCUUUUUCUUAACUUUGCCUAUCUCACUAGUCUCUCCUUCUCACUCUCCUCCAUCCCUUUGUCCUCUUUCUCUCAGGCAUCCCCCCAGCCAGUGGUACAGGUACAUUACAGAUGUACCUGUUGGACAUAAACGACAACGCUCCUCGUGUCUUCCCUCCAGAGGUGGAGAUGUGUGAGAAGCCUGAGCCCAAUGCCAUCAACAUCACCGCCAGCGACUCCGAUCUGACCCCUAACGCCGGCCCCUUCGCCUUCGAAAUGGCCAACCGGCCAGCAGACGCACGCAGGAACUGGACCCUCACACGCCUCAAUGGUUAGUCUGUCUGUGUUUUAUCUUUCCCCUUCUUUCUUUCUCUCCAUUUCUCUAUCGCUCUCUCUCAAUUGAAUUGAAUUUAAUAAAACCCAUUUUUUAUUGCCAUGACAAAAUAACUUGUUGAACAUUCUCCCUCUUCUUUCUUUCUUUCUUUCUUUCUUUCUUUCUUUCUUUCUUUCUUUCUUUCUUUCUUUCUUUCUUUCUUUCUUUCUUUCUUUCUUUUACUCUCUCUCUCUCUCCAUAACUCUCUCUCGCUCUCUUAUUUCCUGUCUAUCGCCGUCUCUUCAUUUCUCUCUUUGUCCCUAAAACUCUCUACCUGCAUCUGUAACUCCCCACACACUCUCUCCCCCUCUCUCUCUUUUCCUCCCCCCUCUCUCUCUCUCUCUCUCUCUCUUUUCCUCCCCCCUCUCUCUCUCUUCCUCCCCCGCUCUCUCGCUCUCUUCCUCCCCACUCUCUCCCCCCCUUCUCUCUUUCUCUCUCUCCCCCUGUGUGUGUGUCCCUAUCCCAGGUGAAUAUGCUCAGAUCAGGCUGCGGAUAGGUUUUCUGGAGAGUGGUAUCUACGAGGUUCCUAUCAUCAUCACAGACUCAGGCAACCUGCCCAUGUCCAAUACAUCCUACCUGCGGGUCAAGGUGUGUCAGUGUGAUCCCCAUGGAGAUUGUGUAGACAUGGAACGCAUAAUCGCUGCAGGGCUGGGCACUGGAGCCAUCAUCGCUAUCCUCAUCUGUAUCAUCAUACUGCUAGGUGAGUCUGGUUGUACAUACACAUGUAGG